AUGGAAGACAAGUUUGAUGAAGGUCCGCGCAACUACAACGAUGAGUCAAGUGUCGUUGAGUUUGAUGAUCAUGAUGAGGACGAAGAAAAAGAAGUAGGUAAAACUGACGACGACAUGGACUCGAGCGACGAUGACAACGAAGACACCAGGUCUUCGAAGAGCAACAUCAAGAGACACACGCGCACUCAAUCACUUGAGAAAGCUACCGUCAUUCCAAGUCCCAAGCGAAGAACAUACAGAGGUCCGUCGCUUGAGCAUGUGUCAGCGGCUGCAAUGGAUUUUGAAGCAGCCUACAUCGUUGAUUCAGUGGGGGAAACGCCGACUACAUUCAAGUCGGCGAUGGAAUCAAGCGACUCCGGCAAGUGGAAAGAAGCGUGUGACUCGGAGUUCGAUUCGCUUCAGAGAAACGACACGUGGGAAAUCGUGCCUCUUCCGAAAGGUCGCAAGGCCAUCGGGUGCCGAUGGGUUUUUCGUGUAAAGGAGAAUCAAGAUGGCGAAGUUGAACGUUUCAAGGCAAGACUUGUGGCCAAAGGAUUCUCACAGAAAUUCGGAGUUGACUAUGAAGAAACUUUCGCACCGGUGGCCAAGUUCACAUCGAUUCGUGUGGUGCUCAGUAUGGCGGCUAAGUACGGCCUAAUGCUACAUCAGAUGGACGUCAAGACAGCGUUUCUUAACGGCUCCCUCAACGAAGACAUCUACAUGGACCAGCCGGACGGAUACCUGGAUGCAACACAGCCGGACUAUGUGUGCAAGCUAAAGAGAUCACUCUACGGCUUGAAGCAAUCGCCUCGCAUGUGGAACCAAACAAUCGAUGGGUUCAUGAUCAAGAUGGGAUUCAAGAAGUGCGAAUCGGACCACUGCAUCUACAUCAAGCGAGACGACCAAGACAUGAUUCUCGUGGUGCUCUACGUCGAUGAUCUCAUCCUGGCCAGCAGCAACAACGAACUCCUCAAGUCAACCAAGAUGGCGCUGAGCAAACGCUUCGAAAUGACGGAUCUCGGUGAGCUCGAUUACUUUCUCGGCAUGGAGAUCAAGAACGACCGUAAGACGGGAAUGGUGACUGUACAACAAACCAAGUUUCUCAAGUCCGUGUUAACCAAGUUCGGAAUGGAUAACAGCAAGCCAGUGAAGACGCCUCAAGAUCCCGGCCUGAAGCUAACCAAGAACAUGUGUGAACAAGAAUGCAAGCACGAAGACACCAUGUGCAACGUGCCAUAUCGAAGUGCUGUCGGAGGCAUCAUGUAUCUCAUGGUCGCCACACGUCCGGAUCUAGCUGCUGCAGUGGGAUCAUUAUCCCAGUUCUCGUCCGACCCAUGCCCGACUCACUGGCAAGCUUUGAAGCGUGUGCUGAGAUACCUGCAAGCAACGCCCAAUCACGGUCUUGAGUUCACACGUGAAGAAGGAAGCCGUAUCUGCGGGUACACCGACGCAGACUGGGCCGGCGACAUUGAGUCAAGACGAAGUACAAGCGGCUAUGUGUUCAUGAUGAGCGGAGGAUGCAUCAGCUGGAAAAGCCAGAAACAACGGACGGUCGCGCUAUCUUCAACAGAAGCAGAAUACAUGGCGCUUUCCGAAGCAACCAAAGAAGCAGUAUGGCUCAAAGUGCUUUUGGGGGAACUUGGUGAGAUGACAAGCGACGAAGCGAUCAAGAUGUAUGAAGACAACCAAGGAUCAAUCGCUCUCGCCAAGAACCCGGAGUUCCAUAAGAGAACAAAACACAUCGACAUACGCUACCAUUUUGUGCGUGAGAAGGUGGAAUCAGGUGAAGUCGUUUUGGAGUAUUGCCCGACUCAAGAUAUGCUGGCAGACAUGAUGACCAAGCCGAUCGCCGCUGUACAAUUUGAAAACAUUCGCGAUCGACUUGGGAUCCAAGGUGCCGCAGCUAACGAGUCGAGAGGGAGUGUUGAAAAGACAGCGGCUGUGAAGAAGACACCUCGUCAAGCUGCGUCAAGUGUUGAAGCAAGUGGAAGACCAAGCUUCGCUAUACCGGUGGGUACCGGUAUGUACCAGUAA